AUGGAGAACAAGGAUCACAUCUCCGAGGUGGUCGAGGGACACCAGCCGCACACUCACCACCACACUCACCACGCCGACAAUACCGUCGACGAGUCCAACACUCCCGUUUACAUCCGCGACAUGGAGGCCGCCGCUCCUGUCGGUCCCGAUGCUGGCUACCCCAUUCGCGACGAGAAGGCACCGAUUGACCCCGUCGUUGCCUCCGCCGAGGAGAUCUCUCCCAGCAACACCAAUUCUCAACUCUCCGACGAGCAGAAGCCUACUCUGACCGCCGGUCCCGACUACGUCUUCUACCAUAUCAAGCGCAUUUGGCGUCAACAUCGUCCCCUCUGGAUGGCGCUCAUUCACCUCACCAUCCUCCUCGUUACCACCGCAUGGUUCAUCGGCGGUUUGGCUACGCACAGAGGUCGAUACGGUUGGGUCGUCCAAUUUAUCUUCUGGCUGUUCGUCACUAUUCGUAUGAUCACCUUCCACGUCCCCGUCUCCCUCGUCACCCGUCCGGUGUACAAAAUCUGGGAUGUUUGUGCCACCCGGGCCCUCGCCCUGGUCCCCGAGCGCUAUCAGAUUCCAUUGUCGGGCUUCACCGUCUUCGCCGUAUUCCUCAUCGGCGCAAUGGCAUCCCCCACCUCCGCGACCAACAACCGCGAAAACCGGAUUCUCUCCAUCUUCGGUCUCUUCCUUUUCCUCUUCAGCGUCUGGGUCUUCUCCAAGAACCGCAAGGCCAUCAAAUGGAGAACCGUCCUCAUGGGCGAACUCAUGCAGUUCAUCACCGCUCUCUUCGUCUUGCGCAGUACCGCCGGUUACGAUAUCUUCAACUUCAUCUCCGAGCUCGCCCGCGAACUCCUCGGGUUUUCCCAGGAUGGUGUCGCAUUUUUGGUCACCAAAGAGAUCGCCGCGCUCCCCUACUUCUUCUUCACCGUCCUCCCCGCCAUCGUCUUCUUCGUCGCGUUCGUCCAACUCUUGUUCCAUUGGGGCAUCAUGCAAUGGGCCAUCAUCAAACUCGCCAAAUUCUUCUACUGGUCCCUCCGCAUCUCCGGCGCCGAAGCCGUCGCGGCCUCAGCCGCCCCAUUCAUCGGACAAGGUGAAAACGCAAUCCUCAUCCGCCCUUUUGUCGCACACCUCACCGACUCCGAAAUCCACCAAAUCAUGUGUUCCGGUUUCGCAACCAUCUCCGGCUCGGUCCUCGUCGCGUACGCGGGUAUGGUUAAAUCCCCCCAAUCUCUCGUCGCAUCCUGCGUCAUGUCCAUCCCCGCCUCGAUCGCGAUCUCCAAAAUCCGAUACCCAGAAACCGAACUCUCCGUCACCGAAUCCCGCGUCGUGAUCCCCGACGACGAGGAACACAAAUCAGCGAACGCUCUUCACGCUUUCUCGAACGGCGCUUGGCUCGGUCUUAAGAUCGCCGGGAUGAUCAUGUCGAACCUCCUUUGUAUCAUCGCACUCAUUGCACUCAUCGAUGGUGUACUCUUCUGGAUCGGCAAAUACUUUGGCGUGCCGCAACUUCAGCUGGAGUGGCUUCUCGGAUACUGUCUCUACCCCAUCGCUUUCCUCCUCGGCGUCCCUCGCGACGAGCUCUACCCCGUCGCCAAACUUAUCGGUAUCAAGAUCAUUCAGAACGAGUUUGUCGCUUACAACUCUUUCUCCACAGAGGCCGAGUACGCCAACCUCUCUCCCCGUGCCGUGAUUAUUACCACCUACGCUCUCUGCGGUUUCGGUAACCUCGGAAGUUUGGGUAACCAGAUCGGUGUGUUGGGACAAUUGGCUCCCUCCAAGACUGCGAACUUCUCGAAGUUGGCGGUGAGUGCUUUGAUCUGUGGUAUCUUGGCGACAUUGAGUUCGGCGAGUAUCGCGGAGGAGCACCGAGAACCCAACCACCAGAUUCUUCAACUCGCAAUGGUCGAGUCUACAAGUAAUUUGGAGCUGUUGGCAUGUCUCGAGAAAGUAAACGUCCUCUCUAAAGCUGGUGAUCAUCGUGGUGUGCGUUGCGAGAUCGUCCGGAUCGUUGAAGAACAUGAUCCUCGAGCUCGGAAGGAUGCGACAGAUGUGGGUGCUACGGAGGAGGAGAUCGUACAGAAAGACAGUGAGAUCAGUGAUGAGAAGCUUUCAGCACCGACGGACGAACCAGCGAAGAAGUCCAGCGCAAGCGACUCAGCCAUUCUUACACAGCCAGAAUUCCACUUACGAAUCACCACCCCUCCUCCGACGUUCACCCUAGACGAAGACGAAGAACCGGAAUCGCAGGUCCUUCUGCAACUCGUCCUCCAACCGUCGCAGCGAUGCAUCCUUUCACGUUCAGAGCGUGGACAAACGUUUAGCUUUGUGUUGGGAAACGAUCAGGAGCAGGAAGAGGCGGAUAACGGAAAUCGGAGGAAGGACAUGUUGAAUGUCGUAGUACCAAGCCAUUCCCAAAUCGAUCGCGAUUCUCUCCAAGCCUUCACCUCAAUCCUCCAAUCCCUCGCAACCCUCCGCCUCUACAAGCCGCCCCAAGACACCGCCUUCUCCCCCUCCCGCGACCUCUCCACCGCCUUCCUCACCCGCCUAAACCUCACCGAAUCCGACCUCGACACCGAUGACUGGGCCCUUCCCUCCGCCCUCCUCUCAACAGCCUCAACCGGCCUCGCCGAAACAAUAUCCGCUGGCUUCGGACACCUAGCAACAGCCGUCAACAAAGCCGGCUCAUUUAUCCAGAAUCAUACGGAUGCGGUGACGGAGGAACGGUAUGCGAGGGUUAAUCCUGAUACGCUGGAGACGCUUGAGAAGGUGAGUAGAGGGGGGGAGAGAGCUGUUGAUGGGAGUGUGAAGGGGAUGAAUAAGGUGAGGAGUGGGUUGCUGAAGGGGUUUAAUUUCGUGCGGGAUGAGUAUCGGGAUCCGGAAGAGAGGGAGGAGGGGAGGAGAGCGGAUGCGGGUGAAGGGCGGGGAGGAAGUGCGGCGGCGACGCCGCAGGGGUUGGGGUGGGAGGGGCGAAUGGCGAGUCCGCCUAGGACGAUGUCUGCAUCGCCGGUACCGUCUCUGAAGGGGCCGGUGUUGAUCGAUUUAGAUACUGGGAAUGACGAUGAGCGACCACCGCCUAGGCCAGCCCGCCCAAGCGCCGACACGCCCACCCGCAUCCUAAGCCCCCCCUACUCCCUCGACAUCCCCACCCCCUCCAACCAAAGUCCCAUCGAACGCUCCCGCUCCGCCCAAUCAACCUCCUCCACCACCUCCCGCGGCUCCAAAGGCUUCGGCGCCGAAGCCCUCAAAUCCCUCAAGAAAAUCACCGGAGCCUGGGGUGACUCAAUUGAUACCCUUCACCAGACCCUCAACACGAACGUCGUGGACGUCACGCGACACCUCAAGGGACCCGAAGCUGCACAGGCUGCGAGGCAUGUUACGGAUACGCUGUAUUCUGCGCGCACGGUGUAUGAUACUAUCUCUAUCAGGCCGGAUAAAGUCUUGAUUGGUGGACGUGCUGGGAGACCGAAGGCGCAUGAUACGAGUUUGGGAGGGGAGGCUGAGGGAAAGGUGGAGAGGUGGGUUGGGGGUGUAGAUGGCGAAGUCGAUGUCCGUACACCUUCCCAGCAGCUCGACGAUCCCCUCGACCACGGCCGAGGACGCGCAGACGAACGCCCCCCACCCCGCCCCGCACGUCCCCAAUAUCUUCAGCGACCCGCUGUGGUACCACAGGAUUCGUUCAUCUCCGUGAAUAUAGACACGGAGACACCACCACCCAAACCCGCGCGCCCAUCGACCGAACUCGCGGAACGGCGUCGAAGGAGUAUGGAAGUCUCUGCUCGCCGGUCGUUGGAUAUUGCGAGGAGGAGUGUUGAUGUUGAGGGGGGUGGACGGCCAUCGUUGGCGUCGUUGGGGAUUACGGAGGAAGAAGAAGGCCCGCCGCCGAAGCCGAGGAGGCCUGUGGGGAAGCAGGGAGGGGCAGGGGAUAUUGCGGGGCAGGAGGCGAUGUUGAGGUAUUGGGCGGAGAUGAAGAGGAAGAAGGAUGUGGAGGCGGCGAACCCGUGA